UUCGUUAAUGGCAUCUCAGCCGUAGCUCCGUCGUCUAAAAUCGAGAACACGAACUUGACCCUCUUAUUAAAUCGGAAAAUAAACAGCAGAGCGAAAGGCUGAAUUCUUUGGCGGAAAAAUGGCGUUUUGGAAACCAGGGACCGAGAAACCGCGCUUUGUGGAAGACGAAGAAGGCGGCAUAGUGUUCUUAUCGUCUUCUCUCCCCUCCUCUUCUUCUGGAUAUGGGUUUACGAGUAUGGAGAAGCAGAGACAGAGACUACCGGUUUAUAAGCACAGGACGGAGAUUCUGUAUCUUGUAGAGACUCACGCCACUACCAUUGUCGUCGGCGAGACGGGUAGUGGCAAAACCACUCAGAUUCCUCAGUACCUUAGAGAAGCUGGAUGGGCAGAUGGAGGCCGUGUUAUUGCUUGCACUCAGCCUAGACGUCUAGCCGUCCGCUCAGUUGCCACAAGAGUGGCGGAAGAGAUGGGAGUGAACCUCGGGGAAGAGGUUGGCUACACUAUCCGAUUCGAAGACCAUACAGCUUCGGGCUUAACCAGCGUGAAAUUCCUCACGGACGGAGUUUUAAUCCGAGAAAUGAUGGAUGAUCCUCUCUUGACUAAGUACAGCGUUGUUAUGGUAGAUGAAGCCCACGAGAGAUCAAUCUCAACUGACAUUUUGUUGGGUCUCCUGAAAAAGAUCCAACGACGUCGUCCUGAAUUGCGUUUGAUUAUCUCGUCGGCCACCAUUGAGGCAAAAGCAAUGUUCGAUUUCUUUAACUCCAGCAAAAGGAGACGGGUUCAAGAACAAGAAGGAGAUAAGAAAGGACCGAUUUUGGAACCCGCAAUCCUAUCUGUAGAGGGCAGAGGCUUCGACGUUAAGAUUCACUAUGUUGAGGAGCCUGUUUCAGAUUAUGUCCGAACUGCUGUUUCAACUGUAUUGCUGGUUAAUGAACGAGAACCGGGUGGGGAUAUUCUAGUAUUCCUUACCGGUCAGGACGAUAUCGAAGCUGCCAUUAAACUUCUUUCGGAAGAAUCUGAGAGCAGCAAACAAAGGAAAUCAUCGGGACUACUAGCCCUGCCGCUAUAUUCAGGCCUUUCACGAGCAGAACAAGAACUGAUCUUUGCUCCCACUCCUCGAGGCAAGAGGAAAGUGAUAUUCUCGACAAAUAUUGCUGAAACAUCGUUGACACUCGAGGGUGUUGUCUACGUGAUCGAUAGUGGGUUCUCGAAGCAGAAAUUCUACAACCCGAUUUCAGACAUCGAAAAUCUCGUGGUGGCACCAAUAUCCAAAGCAUCUUCUAGACAAAGAGCUGGAAGGGCUGGUCGAGUUCGGCCGGGGAAAUGUUAUAGACUAUACACCGAAGAUUAUUUCGUGACCCAAAUGCCUGGAGAGGGCAUACCCGAGAUGCAGAGAUCAAACCUUGUUUCUACUGUGAUUCAGCUCAAAGCUUUGGGGAUCGAUAAUAUAUUGGGAUUCGAUUGGCCGUCACCUCCUUCCCCAGAAACGAUGAUCCGAGCCCUUGAAGUGCUUUAUUCGUUACAAGUACUGGACGAUGAUGCAAAACUGACUUCGCCCACGGGAUUCCAAGUUGCAGAGAUUCCUCUUGACCCGAUGAUCUCGAAGAUGAUUUUAGCUUCAAGUGAACUCGGUUGUUCUGAGGAGAUCAUUACAAUUUCUGCUGUUCUGUCUGUCCAAUCCAUUUGGGUCAUUGCCAGGGGAAUACAGAAAGAUCUCGAUGACGCGAAACUGAGAUUUGCUGCUGCCGAGGGCGACCAUGUCACUUUCCUGAACGUCUACCGAGGGUUUCUCGACUCGGGAAAGUCUUCCCAGUGGUGUUACAAGAAUUUCUUGAACUAUCAGUCCAUGAAGAAGGUGAUUGAGAUAAGAGAUCAACUCCGAAGGAUUGCACAAAGAUUAGGAAUCCCCUUGAAAUCUUGUGACAGAGACAUACAGGUUGUAAGAAAAGCAGUGACUUCCGGGUUUUUCGCCAAUGCUUGUCGCUUACAACCACACAGCAACGGGGUGUACACAACAGUUAGAGGCUCGGAAGAAGUGUAUAUCCAUCCGUCAUCGGUUUUGUUCAGGGUGAACCCGAAAUGGGUGGCUUACCAUUCCAUCGUCUCGACGGAUCGUCAAUACAUGCGCAAUGUCAUCACCAUCGAUCCUUCUUGGCUCACCGAAGUGGCUCCACACUUUUAUAAGAACCGGCAACAUCCUACCGUCCCUUAACCGUAGGCCAUGGCUGAUGGGCUUCAACCUCAAAGUAGCAACGGCCGCCUCAUGGUUUGCCCGUAGGGAUCGAAGUUAGAGUUCGUACUCAUAUGGGGAUUGAAUCUUUUGAUUACCCGUGUAAUGUUUUUGUUAGAAUAUUAUGAACUAACGAGAACAAUCGAUUGUCAAAUGCACAAAAUUAGCGGAGGAUGAUUUUUUUUUUUGUAACA